AGCGGAAGUGUCCGGCGGACGAUUGAGCGCGACGGAGCGCCCUUGGCAAGGCUGCGGGAGCGGGCGAGGGGAGGGUUCGGUGUGCGUGGCUGAGGGGCGAGAAGGGGCGAAAAGGUCUUAUUUCUCUAGCGGGCCCUUGAAGAAGGAGGAAGAGGAGGAGAAGGAAGGGUGAUACAAAAGGGGUCGAGGCAGAAAAGGGAGAAAAAUCUGAAAGGAUAAAACCAAAGAAGGAAAAGUUGGGGACAGCCCCUUCCCUUCAAGGAACUCCACGAAGUAGGCAGCCAUGGUUCGCAAGAAAGUUCACCGCCCGAUUGCGGCCAUGGCCAAGAAGGUCCGUGAGUACUGGGCCCUGAAAAAUCGACCUCGGGAUUCUCAGCGCUUUGCUCUGGACUAUGAGACAAUGACCCGGACCUUCACAGGCAAGCGUCUGCCUGUGUUGGCCUGGGAGGAUGUGAAGAAUGAGAACCGGCUCUUCACUCUGCUCUGCCGUCUGAAACUCUUUGGCCUUGGCCGCAUGGUCACACGCAAGUCCUGGAUAUGGCAGUAUGAUGAACCUUGUUACUGGGUCAUCACUAAAGUGAAGGUGGAUUACACUGCUGAGGAUAUGGAUCAUGGAAAAGCCUGGGGAUACUUGACCUUCAGAGGCAAGAAGGAGGAAGAAGUGCGAGAAAUCGACAGGGUCAUGUACCACGAUUGGCGCGUUGUACCAAGGCACGAGGAGGAGAAUUUUGUGAAAUUUACCCCUGUGGAAGUGGAAACAGUUCGGUACGUCCUCUACCCACCAUUGCUGCGGGCCAUGAUCCUUGCGCAGAGGCAGAAGGAGGGCAAGCUGAGCACAGAGGAGCCCAUGAUUGAUCUGCAACGAACUUCUCACAUUGUGAAAAAGAACCUCCAAAAAGUGGAGAAGCAAGCUGAAGGGACCCCAGUAUGAGGACCUUUGGGACCCUGGUUGUUUUUUCCAUUCUGUGUUUUUUUUUUUCAUUUUUUUCAUUUCAGGAAAAAUACACUUUUAAUGGGAUACAUUUCAGAGUGCCAAAACUUUCUUCAAGGUGUUAAGCCCAGUAAAUGAUUUUACUGUACUUAAGAUGGCAUCAAGGGUUAAGUUUGUUUCCAGCAUCUUUAAAGUCACUGGAUUUGUAGCAUGUAACAAAUGGAAAAAUUCUGUUCCUGUUUGCUUUUAAAAUAUGGCAGAGCAACAUCAAGCAGUUAAUAAAAUUACUUCCAGUUCUUUUA